AUGAUGGAGAGCGCACCGUCCACGGGUGUGUGUGUGCUGCUGCUCUUCCUCCACGUCCACCUGCUGAGCGGACAGUCACCUCCUGAGAAGCCGGAGAUCUCGAAAUGUCGCUCCACUGAGAAGGAGACCUUCACGUGCUGGUGGACGCCGGGGCCAGACGGAGGCCUGCCCACCAACUACACGCUCUCCUACCACAAGGAAGGGAGUCCACUCAUCUAUGAAUGUCCGGACUACACAACGGGUGGCCCCAACUCCUGCUACUUCGACAAGAAGCACACCUCCAUAUGGACCAUCUACAUCAUCACAGUCAACGCCACGAACGAGAUGGGAAUGAGUUCCUCAGAUCCAUUUUUCGUAGAUGUGACCUACAUCGUUGAACCAGACCCUCCAAUGAACCUGACUUUGGAAUUAAAACAUCCAGAGGACCAGAAACCGUUCCUGUGGGUAAAAUGGCGUCCACCCGCCCAGGUUGACAUAAGAUCUGGUUGGCUCACACUACAAUAUGAAGUUCGAUUAAAGCCUGAAAAAGCAGAUGAGUGGGAGGUUCAUUUUGCUGGGCAGAACAAUCAGUUUAAGGUUCUCACCUUAUAUCCAGGGAGGAAAUACCUUGUCCAGGUUCGCUGCAAGCCAGACCACGGAUUAUGGAGUGAAUGGAGCCCAGAAAGCUCCAUUCUGGUACCUGAUGAUCCCACCAAUGCAGACCCCACCGUGUGGAUCUUUGUGGCUGUGCUUUCUGUUGUCGUCUGUCUGAUUAUAAUCUGGGCAGUGGCUUUGAAGGGCUAUAGCAUGAUGACCUGCGUCUUCCCACCAGUUCCUGGGCCAAAAAUAAAAGGAUUUGAUAUCCAUCUACUGGAGAGGGGCAAAUCUGAAGAACUGCUGAGUGCCCUGGGGUGCCAGGACUUCCCCUCUGACUGUGAGGACCUGCUGGUGGAGCUAUUAGAGGUCGUUGACAACGAGAACCAGCAACUGGUGCCAGUCCAUUCAAAAAAACACCUUGAUCAAGGUCUGAAGCCCAAACACCUGGAUCUCGACAGUGACUCUGGCCAGGGCAGCUGUGACAGCCCUUCCCUUUUGUCCAGCCAUCAUGAGGGGCCCCAGGAGAGUCCCUCCACCUUCCACACCCCUGAGAGCGCUGAGAAGCCAGAGAACCCUGGAAGAAAUGGAGCCCACACCUGGGACUCUCAGAGCACCAGCGUGGGGGGCAGAGUCCCCUAUUUCUGUGCUGAUGGACCCAAAUCUUCCACAUGGCCUUCAUCGCAGCCCCCCAACCCCAGAUCUUCUUACCACAACAUCGCCGACGUGUGCAAGCUGGCCAUGCCCAUGGCAGGCUCCUCUGCCACUGUGCUGGACAAAACAGACACACGUGCUCUGACGUCUUUGGAAACCACUGAGACUGGAGGGGGGGAGGAGGUGGCCGAGCAGAGAGGGGUGGAAAGCUUCCAUUCUCAGACUGACCCAGACACCCCAUGGCUGCUGCCCCAGGAGAACACCUCCGAUGUCUCUGCUAAACCCUUGGAUUACGUGGAGAUUCACAAGAUCAACAAAGACGGGGCGCUGUCCUUGUACCCCAAACAAGACGAGAACAGCAACCAGGCAGAGAAGCCCGGGGCUCCCAAGGCCAGCAAGGAGUACGCGAAGGUGGCCGGGGUGACGGAGAGCAGCAUCCUGGUGCUGGUGCACGAGUCGCCCGCCCCCGACCUGGCUUUGUUUGAAGAACCAGUUGAGGAGGCCCCCCCAUCCUUGCAGCAGAACCAGGAGGAGAAAGACCGGGCUGCCUUCGCCAUGGCAUCCAGCUCCUGCAGACUGCAGCUGGGGGGGAUGGAUUACCUGGACCCCGCGAGUUUGAAGGACUCCUUCCAGUGA